AGGGUCAAUCAGAAAGCUGACUCAGCACUAAGUGAGACCACCUGAAGUUAAGUUGUUGUUGUGAAGCGCUAGCGCAGCAUGGCUGUCCUGAUCUGUAUUGUGCUGCUUGCACUGAUAGCCCUCACAGAGUCCCAUGCAGGCAGCAUUCCAGACGAUCACCACUUGUAUCAUGCUCUGCAUCAUUUCGAGGUGGUCCACAAGGACCAUCUUACUCACAGUACAAUAACUGAGAGGACAUAUCAGCGAUUACACUUUAAAACACUAGGAAGAGAGUUCCAUCUUCUACUGAGGCCUAGAAGAGAUCCCCUGCGCAAUGGGUUACAGGCAAUAGUGAUUGGAGAGGGUGGAGUCCAAGAGCUGGUUGACAUCAACACAGACCAUCACCUCACUGGAACACUGGCAGAUGAUCCCCACUCCACGGUCCACGCUCACUAUGAUCGUACUGAAGGCCUUCUCUCAGCAGCGAUACUGACGAGCAUGGACCAUUACUACAUCGAACCUUCCCACAGACACUUCUCACAAUCACAUGACUUUCACAUGAUCUCAUACAGAGGCUCGGACAUCAAGUACAAUCUCACAGGUGAUCCCAAUCAGCAUUUCUGUGGCGUUGGCCACAAUCAAUACCCCUCCAACAGCCAGCAGUCACAUGACAACGUCUUCAGCCUUAGUAAAGCCCCCCACAAAGAUGAAGGGAGGUAUGGCAACAGUGGUAAGGAGCGACUGAGGAGACAGGCCGCUGGGAGAAAACUUCUCUGUCCACUGAGUCUUGUAGCUACUCAUAAGUUUCAUCAGUUUUUCUCAACCGAUGGAAACAUCAGAAACAGUAUCAACUUCAUAAUAUCAGUGGUGGACAUGGCGGACCAGAUAUUCAGAGACUCUAAGUGGAGUGAGGACAUUGGGCAGAGGGGAUUCUCAUUCAGCAGCAUACGUAUACAUAAUACCUCAACGACAGAACCUGUCUACAAUAGUAACCCCCCGGGUGGUGGGUGGCUCUCAGAGGACCUCCUGGUGGCGUUCUCUCAGGCCGACUGGAGUAAAGUGUGUCUAGCUCAUCUCUUCACAGCCGAGAGCUUCACUGAUAAUAGACUGGGCGUGGCUUACAUUGCGAGCAGUCAAGCACACAUCAAUGGCGGAAUCUGCUCCCCAGUGACAAGGAAUUCUGGCCAGCCACCUUCAACGGCAAAUGUAGGUGUGUCCAGCUUCUUCCAGGGGUCACGACCUCUGCUACUGGCCGAAGCCAAACUGGUGUUGGCGCAUGAGCUAGGUCACAACUGGGGUAGUGAGCAUGACCCAACAGGAGGGGGAGUGUCACUGUGUAACCCCGACUUUAACGAGGGGGGAAAAUUCCUCAUGUUCCCCUCAGCUACGGAUGGACAGCAGGACAACAAUAAGAUAUUGUCUCCUUGUUCACGACAGAGUGUUUCCGAUGUACUCAGAGUUAAGACCUCAUGUUUUAUAGAUGUGGAGAACAUGCCCACACAGUGUGGUGACUUUGUCGUGGACUUAGAGGGGGGGGAGGAAUGUGAUGCUGGACCAGACAGCAUGUUGAGUCUUGACCCCUGCUGUGAUAACUUAUGUCAAUUUCGCCCCCAAGCAGUGUGCAGUGACGUGAAUGAGGAGUGCUGCAAUGGGUGUAGUUACGCUACCUCAUCCACCCCCUGUAAGACAUACCCUGCCAACAGUGAUACCUGUCUACAAAAUGUCACCUGCUCUGGUCUUAGUGGCAGCUGUCCCUCAGAAGAGAAAUUUGUUAACGUAACAACACUUUGCCAGGGGAGCGGUUUGUGCCUCCUUGCUGACACACAGUGCAAUAACAGUUUGCCAUGUAACUCCGCCCCUGUGAGCUCCCCUACAGACCGGCUGGUCUGCUUCAACCUUUGUGAACAGCAAAAUAUGACCCAGUGCUUUUGCGAGCCCCUAAGCGAUAACGAGUGCCUAGUGUGCUGUCAGGAAAAAGUUGUAAACAGCACCUGUGCUCCCCUGAGCAGUAAUACUCUAUUGGUGGACGGUUCAACGUGUUUGGGUGGUGUGUGUCGUCUGGGUAGAUGUGAAAUUACAACUCAAGACUUGGCCAGUCGAUUGUUUAAUCUCUUCUCUACCAUCAGUAUCAAUGCAUUCAUUGAGUUCAUGAGUGAGAACGUUGUGUCCAGUGUGCUCUUUAUUGUGACCAUCCUCUGGAUACCUCCCUCCAUCAUCGUCAGCAUCAUAGAUCGCAACAAUUGGAGGGAUUUCUCUAAAACUGCUGACGAACAGGAGAAAGAACAGUGCCUACUGAACGUGGAAGACGAUAUUGAUCGAAAGCAGAUUGACACCAUCGCCCUAACCCACCCUAACAUUGAUGUUUUCAAAGCCAAGAAAGCGCUGCAAAAACAACACUCUAUAGCUGAAUCCAUAUACGAUGACUCCUACGUAUUGGGUGGUCACUACUACCUUCCUGCAAGGGAAAUUCCCUCCCCAGAGGACAGCACAUUGUCGAAAUACCGUGAUGAACAAGAUGGGGAUUCGCAGUCCAAAGAGAAACUGGAUCCUGCAAAGGACAAUAUAUGCGUGUUUAUGUGGAGCGAAAAGGUCAAAGGUCGGUCUGAGAGUAGAUAUCGUGCACAGGACAGUAUUACUUCUUUGAGUAGCCGAUCGACUGAUGUAUAAUUUAUGUUAGGGUGCAUCUUAGUUUGUGAAUUUUAAUCAAUCCCAUUUAACACUCUGUGUGAGGUUUUACAUACGAUUUUUGACUAUAGCCAUACUUUAUCUGUACCUUAUGAUUCAGUGUUCAACCUACAUUAAUGAGAUCUAUAAUUUGCUGGUAGUUUAAAUAUUUUUUCAAAGGAUAUAGCGGUAUAUACUUAAUUCUGGUGUGUAUCCGACUAGAAAAACAUUUGCAAUGUGAAAAAUUGCUAGGAUUGGCCAGGGGAACCACAAAAAAGCGUGGGAACAAGAAAUCAGACGAGAGCAUAACUCCAAUCCGUUACAACGUCAAUCACAUGUAUAUACUGGUAGUUUUCCCAUGUUUUCCCAGCCAAUAUGCCACGCAAUUUUUACUGGUGGAGUGAUGACCAAUCCCUAUAUAUAUUUAUUAUACAUCCAUUUUAGAAUGUGGGGCACAUAAUCAUGAUGAUUUGUGAUGAAUUGAUGUUCCUAAUACAUGCAGUGUUGAGCACAGGUACACACAGUCCAUCCAUGCGUAGUAACAUGCACGGACCGUACUGGUGACUGCAUGGAAUGAUGUGGUGGAUGGAAGCUGAUAGGUGGAUCUGGAACACAGUCUAUUAUUUAAUAUACUAUGUAUUGUACAUGUUCAUGACGUUGUAACGGAUUGGAGUUAUGCUCUCGUCUGAUUUCUUGUUCCCACGCUUUUUUGUGGUUCCCCUGGCCAAUCCUAGCAAUUUUUCACAUUGCAAAUGUUUUUCUAGUCGGAUUCCCUUUCUUUUUCAGUACAGUUUACGUAUCAUGACAUGCAUAAGUGGAACGUCAAGAGGCAGUACAAGAAGAGAAGACAGGACUAAUCAGAUAUCUUCUAGAAUAUCUCUGGACUAAUAAUUAUAGUAUAAUGAGUAAUAAUUUAUUGCUUGAUAAUUAUGUUGAAUUUGCGAAUCAGUAUUAAAUGACAGCCAUUUUAAGAGCAUGAUAUCUAGCCAGUGCAUAUAGCAUGCCUGUCAGAGAAAGGGAGCUAGAGCUGAACAGUGUGAAGAAAAGGAACACCUCAGGCUCUGGAAAAGCACUGCUGCACUGAUUUUAGGCGCACGGUUUAUUAGCCACGCCUAUCUAUUAUUAUUGGCCACAACGCAAUUGCUGAGUCAUUAAAGAUGGCGGAAUUGUCUAGGCAAGAGAAAUAGAGACUGAGAGGUCAUCUGCCUCGUGGAAGCAAUCGCAAAUCUGAAGAAGCGCUUUGUAAUCCAGGUUGUAGUCGUUUGGAAACCCUGUGCAGAAUGUCCUGGAGAUGGCUGUACUUGGAGUAAAUGCUGGGCAAGAACUUACUUACUUACUCACUUACUUACUUACUUACUUACUUAGUCAGUCAGACAAAGAGCGGUGAAACGUCGAAAUAGUGCAAUUUUUAAAAUGAAAAUAUUCAUUCAUUAAAAUGUUCAUGGAUUAUGAAAUGAGAGAUACAAAGAGAGAAAAGGCUAAAUAAACUAUCUGUUCAGCCAGUUUCUUGAUGUGGCCUUUCCCUGCAGAGAUAGAACAGUUUGAACACGAGUCAAAAUAAUUGAAAUAUUGCUAAACACGGGCAAACCCACUGCCAAUCCUAUGUAAAACCUACUGGUUUUACUAAUAUACCUGGUAAUUUCUGGGGGACAAAAUAUUCGUGGUUUUUGUGGUUGGAGCUCAGACCACGAAUAUUUUACCCACGAAUGAAGCAACCUUGCCUACCUUUAUCUGUAGUGCAAGCAGUAACCAUGCACGAAAAUAUGUUUCCACGAAGUGACUAAAUAUUGCUCAACCACAAAUGUUUUGUCCCCCGAAAAUUACCAGAUAUAACGGUAUAUAGACCUAAAACCUAUUUAAGGCAAUCCUCCAAAUAUUGACACCUCGAGCUUAGGAAAUUUUCUGACCUCUAAAAGUAGCGACAGCUAUACCGGUAUGUUGAUAAAAAAAUACAAUCGAGACAAGUAGACUUUGUAGAGCUACGGUCCUCCACUAGGACGUCAACAUCAGUUUUCAACCUUCAGAAGAUGCGACCUCUAUAGAUGGCUUCGUAAUUAUUAAAAGUGUCUCCUUAAAUCUGGUGAUAAUAUAAUUAUAAUGAUUCACUCUGUAUCCUAUAGCUAGAUGAUGUCCAGUGAUAAUUACUUCCCCCAGGCGCUAUUCUUAUAUAAAUCUUACGUCCUCAACAGAUAUUCAACUCAUAAAUUUGAGGGGUUGUCCAGGGAACCCUCAACAGCUAUGAGGGAGUAAUAAUGAACAUAUACCAUUUCUAGGUGCAAAUGAGCAGAAACUUUGCUGCCUAAUUUUUGUUGUGUUGUCAUUCAAGUGAUCUGCAUGCAACUGAAAGUUGUUCCACUAAUGAUCUUUACCCACCUACAUGGCCACUCAGAAGGCUGCUCCGGCUGCUCUCUGGAAAGGCAAUGAAAGGCAUGCACCAUCACAGCCCCUCACCCACUGUCAUCAGCACACAAAGUGUCUAAGAGUACUACCCCUCAUCACACAAUAGACACGACACUCUCCCCGGCUGUCACUGGUGAGAUCAUUCAUAGUAUAGUAUGAUGUCAGAAUGAUACACCCCCUAACAUACACGAGUCCCUCCACCAGUCAGUACAUGGAACUGAGAGCUAGUGAGCUCUAUAGAUCUGGACAGUAUAAUGAUAAGAGCGUUGGAUUUGUGGGAGGAGUCUAAGGUCACUAGGAGGAUGGACACGAACAGUUACAUUGUUGUCAUGGCAAUGUGUGAGCAGCUGGUUUAAUAGCUCUGAGACUUCACUGACUGUGAGGGAGGACAUGAGAUCGCAUGAACAGACGCUGUCAGUCUUUACUGAGUGCUCCCAGCAGGUGCACACACACACUCACCCAAACACCACCGCCUGUGAUAAAUUGGCUGGAUCACCACCUGAUACAUCAGCCUGGGCACUAGGCCGGCACACUGUCGGAUUCAGUAGGCAUUAUGCCGGGGUCACCACAGGAUUCAGAGAGUGAUGCGUGCUUCCUACCAAUAGUGGCUAAACAGUUACUAGAUAGUGAACAUUCUGCACUAGCUCUGGAGGUGUGCUUGCUGACCUCAGUUCACAGAAAUCAAAUCAACUAGGCACCUCAGAAUGAAUCAGUCAGUUUAGUGCAUUCGGGUAGCUUAAUCAACUAGGGAACCAGAUGUUUUGUUUCGCUCAUGAAGUCUGGUUGCUAUGAUCUUGAAGGAUAGAAACGUUAAGUAUCUAAGCACCAUCAUGAGAAUACUUUUAGCUAAAGCUGAUUGGAUUUCGCACAAAUAAUGUUAUAAAUAUCGAUCUCAUCUAGUCCGUUCAUAAUUAAUAGCCUGGAGUCGAGGCUAGAGCUGAUUCUAGCAUUGUCCAAGUGGUAAGUGUGCAUGUGUCCACUCCCUAGAUACUGCCAAGGUGUACAUCUUCUUCAGUGCAUGUGUAACUAAUUGCUCUGGUUAAAUUUGUGCAGACGACUCUGAUGGCGUUUUUACUCUCUGGCCACUCCCUCCUCAUGAAUGGCAUCUUUUCUGAGACCGAGACUGUAUCAGAGCAGAGCUGAGAAUCUCGAACGUAGAGGACAUGCCCACACGGUGUGGUGACUUUGUCGUGGACUUAGAGAGGGGGGAGGAAUGUGAUGCUGGACCAGACAGCAUAAUUAUUACGUCUUGACUUCUGCUGUGAUAACUCAAUCAUGUCAAUUUCACUACCAGGCUGUGUGGAGUGACGUGAAUGAGGAGUGCUGCAAUGGGUGUAGUUACGCUAACACUCAUCCACCCCCUGUAAGACAUACCCUGCCAACAGUGAUACCUGUCUACAAAAUCUCAACCUACUCUGAUCUCAGUGGCAGCUGUCCCUUAGAGGAGAGAUUUGUUGCUGUGGGAAAAAGUUGCCAGGGAGCGGUGUCAGUGUACCUCCCUGUCAACACACACAGUCUGCCAUGUAACCCCGCCCCUGUGAGCUCCCCUCUUGGAGACCGGCUGGUCUGCUCUGUAAACAUGCAGUGCUUUUACGAGCCCCUAGUUGGUAAUUACUUAGCUUACAAUGCACAAAGGUAUUACUUAAUUGUGUUUCUAUUGUAGGGCUGAUUGUGUCACAUGAAUAACUAAAACAGAGCCUAUACGUGUACGGAACUAUAUGCAUAGUGUCAUUCCAUGCAAUGGUGAUACAGUACACACUUGAGUUCAUGAGUGAGAAUGUUGUGUUCAGUGUUUUCUUUAUUGUGACCAUCCUCUGGAUACCUCCCUCCAUUAUCGUCAGCAUCAUAUAAUUACAAAAAUUGGAGAGAUUUCUCUAAAGCUGCUGACAAACAGGAGAUAGAACAGUGCCUACUGAACGUGGAAGACAAAUACAGACCAGAUUGACAUCAUUGCUUUAACCCACCCUAGCAUUGAAGUUUGAAAGUGCUGCAAAAACAACACUCUAUAGCUGAAGCUGAAUCCAUAUACAAUGAUUCCUAUAUUGGGUGGUCACUACUACCUUCCUGCAAGGGAAAUUCCCUCCCCAGAGAACAGCAUGUUGUCGAAAUACCGUGACGGAGUUUGCAAUCCAGAGGACCCUGAAAACGAUGAUUAGUAUAAUUAAUGUUUUAUUAAGCUAAAUAACUGUUUUUGUAGUGAAUUCCCACUAUAGUCACGAGAGCCAUGCUUCAAAUUCUUUGGGAUGCUGGUGACACUAAGUAUUAGUUAUUGAGUUUACUUAUACACAAUGUAACGUGUGUAGUGUAUGUUGUUUGUCUAGCACGAGAGCUAUAUAAUGAAGUGUUAAUAGUGUCGUUUUAAAAUAAAGUACGUACAUAUUAAGGCUAUCUAUGUGGGUGACCUAAUGGAUCGUUAUCCAACAUGUACAUGACACAUAAUUAUUUGUUCGUAUCACACAAUUACUUAGCGAGUUUUGUGUACGAUUGGUUCCUAUUAUGCUUAUAUGAUAGCUCUCAUGCUGCAACUCGAAUCAGGUAUAUCCAUGCCAUUUGUACGUAUAACAUGUUGUUUCUUGUGAUAAUAUUGUACACAUUAUGCAAGCUAGCUACGUACAUAGCCCAUCAUUAAUUUAUAAAAGUAAAAGUGUUACAAAACCUCAAGAUAUGAGCUUUGAUUCUUGGAAUAGCAUAAUUAUAUACAUACACCUACGUACGUACGUUGGAUUUAGGACUUUUAGAGCUAUUAUGUUGAAUACACACAAUUAAUAAAUGUCAUAAUACAUCCUCUGAAUAGUAUAAUGGUGUUGAUAAUUAUGACAUAGAUCAGAGUCCAUCCCAUAAUAUCUGGGCAGGAUUACGUACUUUGAGAUUGCACUCUCAGGAAGAAUGGGUCGGGCCCCACACUGACAGACUGACUCCAGGCGUGUAGCCAGGUAGCUUAUAGUUUAACUGCUGUCUUUCUGUCUAAGGAAACACUGACUGAUCAUGACUAAGUGUAUCAUAUCUAGCAUAGUUUGUUUACUAUUUCCCUCUUCAGGUCACUUGUGUGUGCAUGAUGUGAUUCAACUACGUAUGUUAGAUGGAUGUUGGGGAACUAUAAUUAGCAUGGUACUGGUAUGCAUUUUGUUUGCUGUUGCUAUACUGUUUUAUGUAAAGCACCAAGCACAGCGCUGCCCCUGGUUUGCAGGCAUUCCAGUAUGACACUUUAAUUGCUACAGCAUAGAACUGUCAGGCCUAUGAUAUUUAUACAUGUAUGUCGUUGAGGUACUAUGAGAACAUUGCAUAUGAUAUAAUUAUUCCUAGUCGCAUCUCAUUACAAAAUCUUUACAGCCGUGUGUACAAGUGCACAUUGCCAUACUUGGUUUCCUACCAUUUACUACAUGUAUGUUAUGUUGACAUUGAUCAUGUUACGUAUGUUUGUGUAUAGAGCAUUAAAUAUGAAAAGACUUAAUUGUUUACAGUGAAUACCUUAAUUAAAAUCUUGUGGUGUAAUUCGUGUCAUGUUAGUCAAGCAAUGUCUUUCUGAACACAAUCCGACUAUGCAAUAAUCUGUUUCUACGUUCUUAAAUAUGCAUGCCAUUUUCACAGAGGCACGUACCUAUGUACCAACUUAGUCACACAGUCAUACUACAAAUUUCCAUGUUUCCAAAUUUCCAUGUUUCGCAUUAAUUAAGCCAUCAAAGAAAUCUCCAUGUGUUUAUCAUUACUAACAACUAUAAUAAAUACUAUACUUCAUACUUGGAAUGAUUGGAAGCUUUCCUAACACAAUUAUUCAUGUACUCCUGAUCAAGCGUAUGAUGUUUCAAAAUCUGACUACCUGGUGUUUUUGAACGCCUAGACUUAGUGUCCAAUUUGAAAUCUGAGUAGUAAUUUGGAAUAAGUAAUUGUGCAGCUAUAUCCUGUGUACUGCUAGUCCCACCACCCCCUUCACAUUCACUCACACUUUGGUGAUAUAUGAAUAGAGGUGUUGUUUUGCCUUGUAUUACCAUAAAGUGAUUCUGUUUUUGCACUGCAUGGAAUGAUGUGUUGCUUCCUCUGAUUGAUUAACUCAUUUGAUUUUCAACAAACACGCACUCCACCAUAUCUAACGGGACUCAAUAUUGGCAGGGUAUAUUUCAUUGCACCUAUAAUUAUGUACAAACAAACGAGGAUCACAUUUCAGUUUAAUAGUAAAUCUGUACGUAUCUAUGCACAUAUGUACGUCUAUCACCUACAGAGAUCAGAUCUAGUUUUACUGUCGCCACGGAUAUAUUUCUUUUCAUCGUUAUUACCACGAAUGCAUUUCCUUCCGUCUUUAUUACCGUGCCUGUGCUCGGAAGAGGGGGCGGGCGUAGCUAGAUAAAAACAUUACCCACCUUGUAAAUAAUUGUAUCAGCUCAGCUUUUAAGUGAAUGGGAGCUUAUUAGCACACAUGCACCACAGGUUCAAUUAUCAUAUAGGGUGUGUGUUUAGUGUGUAGCAUAAAAAUAAAUUAGGAAAAUCAAAGGGUGGGAGAAAGUGUAUUUAUGUAGGAAUUCAGUGGAUCUUCGUUUGCGACCAUUAGGUAUGUUUACUGGUAUGACAAUAACAGCCUACUGUCGGGAAAUACUGUGUGCAUGCAUGAUGAAGGAAGGAAACAGGAUCACAAAUAAGUGUUUAGGAAAUAAUAACAGGCAUGAAGGUGGCCAAUUUCAGAGACACAAUAUUCCUUUAAAAAUUCGUUAUUGGUCUGUUGAUUUUAUUUUGAUAUCUAAUUUGUAAGUGUGCCAUAACAACUUACCCAGGUGGCGCUGAUUACAGCCAGGUGACCUCUUGCACAAGAAAGAUCUCUUCAUUGCCAAUUUCAUCGUGGUUCAUUGAGCAUGUUGGCCUUGUAUGUAGGCCCUGAUAAAUUAUACUUUUUUUCACCCAUUACUCUAUUCUUUAAUUCUUGAAAAUGUGCCUAAUAUUAUUCUCCAAAAAAUGUGACAUAAUAAUUAUAGACAAAAUUAAGACGUAAACAUAAACACAGCACGCAACUGGCACACGACAUAAUCAUGGUUCUCAGUGUUAUCUUGCUGACUUGAACUGAUUCACCUUCAGCCAUUUUUUGCCACGAGAACAUUGUUAUGUAAAACUUAAUGUAAUGAUCUUUACCAAAUAUGAACAUUGAUGCCUAUAAUUAUUAUAUUGUGGCUGACAAGGGCCGUCGGGUAGGUGCCCACUCCUCGGAGUGGUGCUUAUAGCCGGCGGUCUGGAAGUCUGCAGGUGACUGAGCUUUAGACACCUAUUGUGCUAAAAUUAUUCCGAGCAUAAUUUAUCAGAGCCUACUUGUAUGGGUGGGGGUGCAUGGUCUGAUGGGCAGAUUUGAUAUUAAAGCCUCGUCGAAUAAAGGCGAGCAAAAGCUGGAUAUGUCAUGUGCCUGUGCGUGCAGGCGAGUGAUGAUUGAAACGAAAAGAGCAUGUUCGUCCUAUGAAUAGAUUGGUUGAUGCAAUUUAGGAAAUGCCGUUUCUGUGUGCAGACUAUUGCCUGUGUGUAUAUGGCAUGUGCACGAGUCCACUGCUUUACUCAAUCAAUGGCAAUGCUUUGGAAUGCGAGGGUGCCUGCUCCACCUCAAGAGACAUACUUAUGAUCUAUGCAUGCAUGUGUUGAUAUCCAAUGCAGAAUAAGAGAAAUAUUCAAUCACUGCAAUAUGCAUAAGCAUGCAUUGUUACUGUCAAGUUCUUAUACGUACUUUUAUGUGAUGAUUAGUCAUAAUCAUCGUGUGAGGGUUUUCCUUAAUUUUUUAGUAUUCAUGUCAUUUGCGGUAUGGUAGUUUGUCAUAUCUCGGUUUAUUACACCAACCAUAGCAACCUACACUAUAGACAGUUUUGUUCGUCACUGCCUAGUAAUGACGAAUUACUAUGAUCCAUAUACCUUUUCUCAGUGCAAUAACAUUAACUACACACCGUUAUUUUUGUUGUCAUAAUAGAAAGACGUUGUUACAUACAUGUACACUUUUCUGAAAUACCAAAUACUGUACUGUCCUAUAAGGACAUCUAUAAUUAUUAUUGAGUGACCAACAUCAUUGCUUUUUGCUGGCAAGACGAGUACCGUUAAACACCUAAAUUUAACGUGUCACUCCAUUUGCUGCAGCUAUAUAAUUAUAUAUAAUUAUAGGGUAUGUGUUUUUCUCCGCAGUUCGCUUCAGGAAAGCAAGGAAAAACAUUACAACCACACACAAAGUUAUCAUCAGUUUACCUAUAGAAGUUCCGGCAAAAAUGAGCCCCAAAAAGCUAUCCACAUAUAAAUGCUUGAAGAUAAUUAUACACUUACCUCCCGGCUACGAAUAAAGCAGACCCUUCCCUCAAAUGUGCAGCUGUGAAAGAAAAACAACACUAAAAAGUGUCCAUUUUGCAGCUGGGCGCCAGUGAGCAAUGCUCACUGUUAGGCCCUGAUAAAUUAUGCUCGGAAUAAUUUUAGCAUAAUAGGUGUCUAAAGAAUUAUUGGCGGCAAUGUCUAUUUUUGGUAAAGAUCAUUACAUUAAGUUUUGCAUAACGAUGUUUUCAUGGCAAAAAAUGGCUGAAGGUGAAUAUUUAGUCUCAUGAAUCAGCCGCUCUUUUAGGAAUACUUAAUUAUGGAUCAGUUCAAUUCAGCGAGAUAAUACGAUAUAUUAAUUAUGUCUUGAGUCAGUUGUGUGUUGUGUUUAUUUCUACGUCUUAAUUUUGUUACGUCACAUUUUUUGGGAAAAUCAGAGAAUAAUCGGAUUUUUUAUGAGAAUAAUAGGCACAUUUUUCAAGAAUUAAAGAAUAGAAUAAUGGGUGAAAAAAAGCAUAAUUUAUCAGGGCCUAGCACUGAGCAUUCCUCGUAUACAAUAGUUUUUCCAUGCUAUUUGGUGCAUAUGCAUAGUUUUCCCAGGCCAAUCCCCAACACAUUGCUGGUGGGUGAUGUCCGGUUAAAAUACGGUGUGUCUCAGCCACACCCAUCUCAUAUAUAAGUGGGCCGGUCAGAGUCAGAGGACCACCUAAUCAUGACCUUUAAAUACAUUCUAGGCCAAAUGACAUUUUACGCUAACUCAGCAGUUGAGAAUCAUGCGUAGCAAAAACUUAUCGUUACUAUGACUUCAACAUAAAUUGCCACCUCUGUGGAAAAACCUCUGCUGAGAUAUCAAGUGAAAUAAGGGUCUCAGUGACCAAUGGUCUCAGUGACCAAUCAAAUCAAUCACCAUUUGUGACAAGUAUAAUUUUUCUAAUGCGUUAUAGAAAAGAAUUCAGGGAAAGCCGCCAAAUAUAAUACCCACCACAUUUUCCAGUUAUACACAACACUAUUACAUCAGAUUCACAGUACAGGUGUAGGUAGGAAGCAACUGAACAAAGCUUUAUUAUUAUGCAACUUAAGUCUAAAAUGAGUCAUAUUGUACCUAUUCAACUUUGAGAGGAGCUUUAUUGAGCACACCACUUGUAGAUAAGAAACUUUUCCACAAGCGAUCAACGCUUACAACAGUCAGAGUAGUGAGAUGAGGAUGUCCUAUCACACUUAAUCGGCGAUCUCUUUCCAAACACAUCACAAGAUGUUUCUGUGAGCGUCGAUGGCCAGAUGUAAGAACAGGGGGGAAGGGUAACCCAUCCCGCAUUAAGGAGUAGCACCAGAGGAUUCGACUCAAACGGCCAUUGCCAUCUUCAAAAGGAUGAAGUGAAACUACUUUGCAAAAUAACCAGCUGGCUAGUUGAUAUGGGUCGUGAAUGGUUGAAGCCUUUGAUUCAUAAUCGGCCACAAUUUUUAUCAUGCUAGAGGGGACACAUUCAUGUGAUGGGAACACAUGCCGUCCAGCAUGUACAGAUAUGCUUCGAUAAAUACCUGCGUUUACCUUCUCACCAUCAUCUGUGUUCAAAUCUUGCAUCAUCGUUUUGUGGACAUCUUUAAUCAAAUCUUCUGUUAAACAGGAAUGCAUAACGUCUUCAUUGCAGAGAAUACGAUAGGCGUGUAGGUGGUUGACCAACUGUUGUAUGGCAGAGCUGUGGGUACUAUUAAUACUUUGGGUACACGUUCGCUCUGAAUAAGAACUUUGAUCGAUCAGUUCUUCCAAAAGUUUUUUUUCAACUUCAUUUUGUGUUAGUUUAUCGGGUAGAGUGCCUUCCAGUUGGUUGCUUUCCCAAAUAAAAGAGAUCGUCUUUUGUUUAGAAAAAAGUGCCAUUUCUCUUACAACUUGGUCAUUGUCAGAUAACUCUCCACACCAUUGGCUUUGAGCUUCUGUACAUCUCUUCCAAUGCUCUAUUGGUUUUUCAUUUGUUAUAAAACCAUCACUUGCCAGUGGAAGAUCACUCAAACUCUCCAUGCCAAACUCUCAAAUCUUCUUCAGAUUUUAAAACUUCUGGGUUGUGUCAUACAAUAAGCAAGGGUCACUUUUUAAAGUAAGGAUCUUUACCCACCCACAUGGCCUUAGCAAGACACCUUGCUUCCCCGGCCCCGCGCCCCUGCACCACGUACACCAUCACAUGAUAUGAAUGAGGAGUGCUGUAGUUACGCUAACUCGUCCACCCCCUGUAAGACCUACUCUGCCGCUGAGACCAGUGGCAACUGUCCCUCAGAGGUACCGUGGAAAUAGGUUGCCAGGGAACGGUGUGUACCUCCCUAUUAAUGCUCAAUAACAGUCUGCCAUGUAACCCCGCCCCUGUGAGCUCCCCUCUUGGAGACCGGCUGGUCUGCUCUGUAAACAUGCAGUGCUUUUACGAGCCCCUAGUUGGUAAUUACUUAGCUUACAAUGCACAAAGGUAUUACUUAAUUGUGUUUCUAUUGUAGGGCUGAUUGUGUCACAUGAAUAACUAAAACAGAGCCUAUACGUGUACGGAACUAUAUGCAUAGUGUCAUUCCAUGCAAUGGAUCUAACCUUUGAUACGGCACAAUUCAGUACACACUUACGUCAGAGACAACGUGUACAUGAAUACAAUGUUGUUAUAAUAUUUUAGCAAGAAUAGUGUACAGAUUUGACUCAUCACUGCAUGCUAUUAUCCAUUUUCCCUGCUUUGGAACACAAUUACUGUUUCAGUAAAACUGACUUGCUCCUCUCCCCUCCACACAUGCACGCACGCACGCACACACACACACACACACACACACACACACACACACACACAUGUUGAGUUCAUGAGUGAGAACGUUGUGCUCAGUGUUCUCUUUAUUGUGACCAUCCUCUGGAUACCUCCCUCCAUCAUCGUCAGCAUCAUAGUGGCGCUGAUUACAGCCAGGUGACCUCUUGCACAAGAAAGAUCUCUUCAUUGCCAAUUUCAUCGUGGUUCAUUGAGCAUGUUGGCCUUGUAUGUAGGCCCUGAUAAAUUAUACUUUUUUUCAACCAUUACUCUAUUCUUUAAUUCUUGAAAAUGUGCCUAAUAUUAUUCUCCAAAAAAUGUGACAUAAUAAUUAUAGACAAAAUUAAGACGUAAACAUAAACACAGCACGCAACUGGCACACGACAUAAUCAUGGUUCUCAGUGUUAUCUUGCUGACUUGAACUGAUUCACCUUCAGCCAUUUUUUGCCACGAGAACAUUGUUAUGUAAAACUUAAUGUAAUGAUCUUUACCAAAUAUGAACAUUGAUGCCUAUAAUUAUUAUAUUGUGGCUGACAAGGGCCGUCGGGUAGGUGCCCACUCCUCGGAGUGGUGCUUAUAGCCGGCGGUCUGGAAGUCUGCAGGUGACUGAGCUUUAGACACCUAUUGUGCUAAAAUUAUUCCGAGCAUAAUUUAUCAGAGCCUACUUGUAUGGGUGGGGGUGCAUGGUCUGAUGGGCAGAUUUGAUAUUAAAGCCUCGUCGAAUAAAGGCGAGCAAAAGCUGGAUAUGUCAUGUGCCUGUGCGUGCAGGCGAGUGAUGAUUGAAACGAAAAGAGCAUGUUCGUCCUAUGAAUAGAUUGGUUGAUGCAAUUUAGGAAAUGCCGUUUCUGUGUGCAGACUAUUGCCUGUGUGUAUAUGGCAUGUGCACGAGUCCACUGCUUUACUCAAUCAAUGGCAAUGCUUUGGAAUGCGAGGGUGCCUGCUCCACCUCAAGAGACAUACUUAUGAUCUAUGCAUGCAUGUGUUGAUAUCCAAUGCAGAAUAAGAGAAAUAUUCAAUCACUGCAAUAUGCAUAAGCAUGCAUUGUUACUGUCAAGUUCUUAUACGUACUUUUAUGUGAUGAUUAGUCAUAAUCAUCGUGUGAGGGUUUUCCUUAAUUUUUUAGUAUUCAUGUCAUUUGCGGUAUGGUAGUUUGUCAUAUCUCGGUUUAUUACACCAACCAUAGCAACCUACACUAUAGACAGUUUUGUUCGUCACUGCCUAGUAAUGACGAAUUACUAUGAUCCAUAUACCUUUUCUCAGUGCAAUAACAUUAACUACACACCGUUAUUUUUGUUGUCAUAAUAGAAAGACGUUGUUACAUACAUGUACACUUUUCUGAAAUACCAAAUACUGUACUGUCCUAUAAGGACAUCUAUAAUUAUUAUUGAGUGACCAACAUCAUUGCUUUUUGCUGGCAAGACGAGUACCGUUAAACACCUAAAUUUAACGUGUCACUCCAUUUGCUGCAGCUAUAUAAUUAUAUAUAAUUAUAGGGUAUGUGUUUUUCUCCGCAGUUCGCUUCAGGAAAGCAAGGAAAAACAUUACAACCACACACAAAGUUAUCAUCAGUUUACCUAUAGAAGUUCCGGCAAAAAUGAGCCCCAAAAAGCUAUCCACAUAUAAAUGCUUGAAGAUAAUUAUACACUUACCUCCCGGCUACGAAUAAAGCAGACCCUUCCCUCAAAUGUGCAGCUGUGAAAGAAAAACAACACUAAAAAGUGUCCAUUUUGCAGCUGGGCGCCAGUGAGCAAUGCUCACUGUUAGGCCCUGAUAAAUUAUGCUCGGAAUAAUUUUAGCAUAAUAGGUGUCUAAAGAAUUAUUGGCGGCAAUGUCUAUUUUUGGUAAAGAUCAUUACAUUAAGUUUUGCAUAACGAUGUUUUCAUGGCAAAAAAUGGCUGAAGGUGAAUAUUUAGUCUCAUGAAUCAGCCGCUCUUUUAGGAAUACUUAAUUAUGGAUCAGUUCAAUUCAGCGAGAUAAUACGAUAUAUUAAUUAUGUCUUGAGUCAGUUGUGUGUUGUGUUUAUUUCUACGUCUUAAUUUUGUUACGUCACAUUUUUUGGGAAAAUCAGAGAAUAAUCGGAUUUUUUAUGAGAAUAAUAGGCACAUUUUUCAAGAAUUAAAGAAUAGAAUAAUGGGUGAAAAAAAGCAUAAUUUAUCAGGGCCUAGCACUGAGCAUUCCUCGUAUACAAUAGUUUUUCCAUGCUAUUUGGUGCAUAUGCAUAGUUUUCCCAGGCCAAUCCCCAACACAUUGCUGGUGGGUGAUGUCCGGUUAAAAUACGGUGUGUCUCAGCCACACCCAUCUCAUAUAUAAGUGGGCCGGUCAGAGUCAGAGGACCACCUAAUCAUGACCUUUAAAUACAUUCUAGGCCAAAUGACAUUUUACGCUAACUCAGCAGUUGAGAAUCAUGCGUAGCAAAAACUUAUCGUUACUAUGACUUCAACAUAAAUUGCCACCUCUGUGGAAAAACCUCUGCUGAGAUAUCAAGUGAAAUAAGGGUCUCAGUGACCAAUGGUCUCAGUGACCAAUCAAAUCAAUUGCACCAUUUGUGACAAGUAUAAUUUUUCUAAUGCGUUAUAGAAAAGAAUUCAGGGAAAGCCGCCAAAUAUAAUACCCACCACAUUUUCCAGUUAUACACAACACUAUUACAUCAGAUUCACAGUACAGGUGUAGGUAGGAAGCAACUGAACAAAGCUUUAUUAUUAUGCAACUUAAGUCUAAAAUGAGUCAUAUUGUACCUAUUCAACUUUGAGAGGAGCUUUAUUGAGCACACCACUUGUAGAUAAGAAACUUUUCCACAAGCGAUCAACGCUUACAACAGUCAGAGUAGUGAGAUGAGGAUGUCCUAUCACACUUAAUCGGCGAUCUCUUUCCAAACACAUCACAAGAUGUUUCUGUGAGCGUCGAUGGCCAGAUGUAAGAACAGGGGGGAAGGGUAACCCAUCCCGCAUUAAGGAGUAGCACCAGAGGAUUCGACUCAAACGGCCAUUGCCAUCUUCAAAAGGAUGAAGUGAAACUACUUUGCAAAAUAACCAGCUGGCUAGUUGAUAUGGGUCGUGAAUGGUUGAAGCCUUUGAUUCAUAAUCGGCCACAAUUUUUAUCAUGCUAGAGGGGACACAUUCAUGUGAUGGGAACACAUGCCGUCCAGCAUGUACAGAUAUGCUUCGAUAAAUACCUGCGUUUACCUUCUCACCAUCAUCUGUGUUCAAAUCUUGCAUCAUCGUUUUGUGGACAUCUUUAAUCAAAUCUUCUGUUAAACAGGAAUGCAUAACGUCUUCAUUGCAGAGAAUACGAUAGGCGUGUAGGUGGUUGACCAACUGUUGUAUGGCAGAGCUGUGGGUACUAUUAAUACUUUGGGUACACGUUCGCUCUGAAUAAGAACUUUGAUCGAUCAGUUCUUCCAAAAGUUUUUUUUCAACUUCAUUUUGUGUUAGUUUAUCGGGUAGAGUGCCUUCCAGUUGGUUGCUUUCCCAAAUAAAAGAGAUCGUCUUUUGUUUAGAAAAAAGUGCCAUUUCUCUUACAACUUGGUCAUUGUCAGAUAACUCUCCACACCAUUGGCUUUGAGCUUCUGUACAUCUCUUCCAAUGCUCUAUUGGUUUUUCAUUUGUUAUAAAACCAUCACUUGCCAGUGGAAGAUCACUCAAACUCUCCAUGCCAAACUCUCAAAUCUUCUUCAGAUUUUAAAACUUCUGGGUUGUGUCAUACAAUAAGCAAGGGUCACUUUUUAAAGUAAGGAUCUUUACCCACCCACAUGGCCUUAGCAAGACACCUUGCUUCCCCGGCCCCGCGCCCCUGCACCACGUACACCAUCACAUGAUAUGAAUGAGGAGUGCUGUAGUUACGCUAACUCGUCCACCCCCUGUAAGACCUACUCUGCCGCUGAGACCAGUGGCAACUGUCCCUCAGAGGUACCGUGGAAAUAGGUUGCCAGGGAACGGUGUGUACCUCCCUAUUAAUGCUCAAUAACAGUCUGCCAUGUAACCCCGCCCCUGUGAGCUCCCCUCUUGGAGACCGGCUGGUCUGCUCUGUAAACAUGCAGUGCUUUUACGAGCCCCUAGUUGGUAAUUACUUAGCUUACAAUGCACAAAGGUAUUACUUAAUUGUGUUUCUAUUGUAGGGCUGAUUGUGUCACAUGAAUAACUAAAACAGAGCCUAUACGUGUACGGAACUAUAUGCAUAGUGUCAUUCCAUGCAAUGGAUCUAACCUUUGAUACGGCACAAUUCAGUACACACUUACGUCAGAGACAACGUGUACAUGAAUACAAUGUUGUUAUAAUAUUUUAGCAAGAAUAGUGUACAGAUUUGACUCAUCACUGCAUGCUAUUAUCCAUUUUCCCUGCUUUGGAACACAAUUACUGUUUCAGUAAAACUGACUUGCUCCUCUCCCCUCCACACAUGCACGCACGCACGCACACACACACACACACACACACACACACACACACACACACAUGUUGAGUUCAUGAGUGAGAACGUUGUGCUCAGUGUUCUCUUUAUUGUGACCAUCCUCUGGAUACCUCCCUCCAUCAUCGUCAGCAUCAUAAUUACAAAAAUUGGAGGAAUUUCUCUAAAGCUGCUGACAAACAGGAGAUAGAACAGUGCCUACUGAACGUGGAAGACAAAUUCAGACCAGAUGGACACCAUCGCCCUAACAUUGAUGUUUUCAAAGCCAAGAAAGCGCUGCAAAAACUACACUCUAUAGCUGAAUCCAUAUACGAUGACUCCUACAUAUUGGGUGGUCUACUACCUUCCUGCAAGGGAAAUUCCCUCCCCAGAGAACAUCACGUUGUCGAAAUACCGUGACGGAGUUUGCAAUCCAGAGAGGGGCCGGACCCUGAAAAAGAUGAUGUACACUUGUUUGUGAAAAGCAGAGAGGUCAAAGGUCGGUCAGAGAAUAGAUAUCGUGCACAAGACAGUAUUACUUUUUUGAGUAGCCAAUCGAUUAGUGUACAUGUAGUUAGGGUGCAUGUGGAUUUUGUGGAUUUUAAUGAUUUUUAAUUAUGCAUAAGUAACGUUUUACUUGCAAUUUUUAUAGCUAAAUAACUGUUUUUGUAGUGAACUCCUACUAUAGUCAUGAGCCAUGCUUCAAAUUCUUUGAUGCAGGUGGGCUUACUAAUUCAAUUUAUUGAGUUUACUUAUAAGUACAA